AUGACGUUCAAAAGGCAGAAAGUAGCAGGAAAGAAGGAUGAACGGAAAUGGAUGAUGAAUGUGGCCAUAUUGGUUCAUGGAGAGUUACGAAUUCAGACAAGAGGACAACAUGGAGAAGAUGAGAACGAAGUACAAGAAGUCAGAAGAAGGUAUAAACGUGAAUGGGUGAAAUUUGCAAAACCCUGCAGAGAAGGAGAAGACAACUCAAAAAGAAACCCAAUUGCUGAAAUUAGAUCAGAUUUCGAGCAAUCCCAGAAAAUUACCUACCAUAUUUCUGGAAUAGGAAUUGAUCAGCCUCCUUUGGGAAUCUUUGUUGUUGACAAAAACACCGGACACAUUAACAUAACAGCCAUAGUGGAUCGUGAGGCAACUCCAAGCUUUCUGAUCACAUGCCGAGCUCUUAAUUACUUAGGACAAGAUGUAGAGAGACCACUUAUUUUAACAGUAAAAAUUUUAGAUAUCAACGAUAAUCCCCCAGUAUUUGCACAAAGCAUUUUCAUGGGUGAAAUUGAAGAAAACAGUGCUGCCAAUUCCCUGGUGAUGAUAUUAAACGCCACAGAUGCAGAUGAACCAAACCAUCUUAAUUCUAAAAUUGCCUUCAAAAUCAUCUCUCAGGAACCUGCAAGCAAUCUCAUGUUCCUCCUAAGCAGAAACACUGGGGAAGUCCGCACCUUGACCAAUUCUCUGGAUCGAGAGCAAGUUAGCAGUUAUCACCUGGUUGUGAGUGGUGCAGACAAAGAUGGAGAAGGACUAUCAACUCAAUGUGAAUGUAGUAUUAAAAUAAAAGACGUCAAUGACAAUUUCCCGAUGCUUAAAGAGUCUCAGUAUACAGCACAGAUUGAGGAAAAUAGAUUAAGUUCUGAAUUACUUCGAUUUCAAGUAACAGACUGGGAUGAAGAGUUCACAGAUAAUUGGAAUGCAGUAUAUUUCUUUACCUCUGGAAAUGAAGGGAAUUGGUUUGAAAUACAAACUGAUCCCAGGACUAAUGAAGGCAUUCUGAAGGUGGUUAAGGCACUAGAUUAUGAGCAAAUGCAAAAUGCAAAAUUUAGUAUUGCUGUCAAAAACAAAGCUGAAUUUCACCAAUCAGUACGCUCUCAGUAUCGAAUCCAGUCAUCCCCAGUCACAAUUAAAAUAGUUAAUGUCAAAGAAGGACUUAUAUUCCGUCCUGCUUCGAAGACAUUCGUUGUGCAGAAAGGCAUAAGUAGGAAAGAAUUGAUCAAAUAUAAGUUGGGAUUCUAUGAAGCUAUUGAUGAAGACACUGGGAAGGCUGCUUCGUCUGUCAGAUAUGUCAUGGGGCGUAAUGAUGGUGGUUUCUUAACUAUUGAUUCUAAAACUGCUGCAAUCAAGUUUAUAAAAAACAUAGAUCGGGAUUCUAUUUUCAUAGUUAACAGGACAAUCACAGCUGAGGUUCUGGCUAUUGAUGAAAAUAUGGGUAAGACAUCAACAGGAACCAUAUAUGUUGAAGUACCCGACUUUAAUGAAAAUUGUCCAACAAUUGUCCUCCAAACCUCAGAAAUUUGUACUUCAUCACCUUUCGUGGCUGUGUCAGCUAAAGUUCUGGAGAAUGAGAAAUAUACUGGUCCUUAUACUUUUUCGCUGGAAGAGCAGCCUGUAAAAUUGCCAGCUUUGUGGAGUAUCACAGGCUCUCCAGCUACAUCAGCCCUGCUGAGUGCCCAGCAACAGAUAAUUCCCGGAGACUACAUAAUCUCCCUAAUAGUCAAAGACAGAGAUAACAGGCAGUGCGAGACACCAGAGACCUUGCCUCUGAGGGUCUGUCAGUGUGACAACAGGGGCAUCUGUGAAAGGUAUUCCCCAAGUGAAGCCGAGCGCCCUGGGCCCACGUAUGGAAGGCAAUCUACAGUUGAGCUCGGGCCGGCCGCCAUUGGCCUGAUCAUCUUUGGUCUUCUGCUAUUGCUGUUGGCUCCUCUGCUGCUGCUGGCCUGUGACUGUGGGAUGGGCCCUAUCGGAGGAGUGACGAGUGGAUUUAUCCCAGUGCCUGAUGGGUCAGAAGGAACCAUUCAUCCGUGGAAAAUCGAAGGUGCCCACCCUGAAGACAAAGAAAUCACAAAUAUCUGUGUGCCACCUAUAACAGCCAAUGGAGUCGAAUUCAUGGAAAAUUCUGAAGUUUGUACAAAUACAUAUGUAGGACGGACGAUGGUGGAAGGAGCCUCAGGAAUGGAGAUCACCACAAAGCUUGGCUCCGGUGUGGGGUCGGCCGGCGCUGGGGGACUUGCCGCAGGAACAGUAUGCGGAGCCACUGGGGGCUUCGGCAGCUGCUCCGCAGGACACUCUGGAACAAUGAGGACAAGACAUUCCACUGGAGGGACCAACAGGGACCAGGCGGACGGAGCAAUAAACAUGAAUUUCUUGGACUCCUACUUUUCCCAGAAAGCAUUUGCCUGUGCAGACGAAGACGAUGGCCAGGAAGCAAACGACUGCUUGCUCAUCUACGAUAACGAAGGAGUGGAAGCUCCCAGGUCUCCUACAGGCUCCGUGGGCUGUUGCAGCUUCAUUGCUGAUGAUCUGGACGAUAGCUUCUUGGACUCAUUAGGCCCUAAAUUUAAAAAGCUUGCAGAGAUCAGCCUAGGUCUCGAUGACGAUGCCAAACAAUCUCAGGUGCCCACCAAAGAAAGUGGUGCUCAGAUAGAAAGUGGUCUGGGGUUUGGCGCCUGUGGACAUCCCACAGGCAGCCAGCAGUCAGGACCCAUCAGGGGCCAGACUCUGCUCGGAGGUCAAGGACCUUGCGUUCUGUCGUCUUCUGGGUCUGUCCUCCAACCGGCCAUUUCCAUUCCUGACCCCUUGCAACAUGGAAAUUAUUUGAUAACCGAGACUUACUCGUCUUCCGGUUCUUAUGUUCAGCCUGGCACUGGAGGUUUUGAUCCACUUCUCACACAGAACGUAGUCAUGACAGAACGAGUUGUCUGCCCUGUUGCUAGCGUCUCGGGCAAUCUACAGGGCCAGACAGAUUUGCGAGGGUCCCGUAACAUGAUCUGUACUGAAGAACCUUGUUCUUUUUUGAUAUGA